AGAGUGGUUCUUGUUCGAACUCUUUCUGUUUCCCAGCAACCUCUCUACUUGUAAUUAAUUCCUUACGUCUCUCUCGACUGAAACAAACUAAAUUUAAUCAAUCGAUAGGAAUUGGAUAUUUCUCUGCGAACUAAGAAGCAUCAGCUAAUAAUAAUUUAUCAGAAGAUAAUGUAUUACUUUAGAGUAACUCGUUGUUGACUCAGUGCACCUACAAGGCUUUUCAUGACAAUUUGAGCGUAUCAAAAGCUUUGUAGACAUCUCUUUGCAUAUUCUACUCUUUUUAAGUUCUCUUUUCACAUAUCUGAAGCAACGAUCUGUAGCGCAAAAAUAUUAAAUAUGUCACGAACGUACAUUGGAAUAUGCACAAUUUAUCUUCUAGUAUUGGUUUCUGGUGAGAGCACAUUCGAUUUUUUAAGACCUCCACCUUUUCCUGAUUUCGAGAAAAUAUUCUCUGGAACUUUAAGGGUAAAUGAAAAGCUUCGAGAUUUUCAUGAAAGUCUCAAAACAACGUCUGUCGAAGAGGGAGGCUGUAACUGUUCAAUAUGGCAUAUGGAAAAUCCAUCGUAUAUUAGCUUAGCGGUAAUUUAUGACAAUGAAAUCGACAGAACCUGCCCGUUUACAACAACUGUUGAACCAACAACAACAACUCGAACAACUACCAUUGAAGAAAAGACUACAAGGGCAAAUAUUCAUUCAACUCAAGUUCUCACUUCGUUGGAGACUGCAUCUUUUCAAACUACAAAAUAUGAUAAAGAAACAUCGAAAACUUCAAACGAAAAAGAAACAAGUGGAACUAUGAGCAAAUUUUCAACAACCAAGUCAUCUGUGUUUUCUGGUGAUUCAUCAAUUGAAUUCGAAGAUACAACAACUUUUGGAUCUCCACCAACAAUUCAACCACCCUUCGCUAUAAGCGAACCUAAAUCAAUGAAUACUGUAAUCUAUGCAAUAGUUGGAGCUGCUGUUGGUCUAUUCAUCCUAUUGCUUGUAAUUUGUCUAUGCUACAGGAAGCAUACGUUGAGAAGAAAGAACAGGGAGUCACUACUCAUUUCUUCCAGCAGCAUCCGAACUAUCAAUGAAGAUAUUCCACCUGUUCAAAUAGUUUCUAGUGUAGAUACCAAUGGAUAUGAUGGAUUUGGAGAUUCGACAACUGAUACUAUUCGGAGAAAAACUCUAAGUAGAUCAUCAAAACUUCUCUUUGAGGGGGAUAUUCUAGUUCCUGUUGUUGCUCACCUUCCGGAGGCCGAAGAGGAUUUGGAUAAUAAUUACUUAUAUAACCUGGAUAGUGAGAAAAUUAUUUCUACCAAAAGCGACAAAUUAGAGAGGAUGGUGGAAGGCGAUGAUAAUAACAAUAUUGAGGGGCCAGAAAAAGAGGAUAGUAUAUCUGUCGGAAAAUCCUCAGAGGAGUCUAUUAGUAAAAUUGAGAAACCUGAAGAACAGCCUCUCGACAAUGAAGCAUUCGAAAUUGAAAUUGAAGAGUGUCCAAAAGAAUUCGGAGAGAACAUAGAUGAUCCAAUUAUAAAAUUGAAACCGUCAUUAGAAUUGACAAUAUCGUCAAGUGACUACGGAAGUAACGAAACCGACUCAAUUGGCACAGAAAGUAAAAUUGAAGAAUCUCAAACACCAACCACCGAUUAUCACAGUGACCGAGACGAGAGUGUGUCUGUCGAUCAUUACAAUCCUCUUUUUGACUCAAAUGAGCUUUUAGACGAUGAAUCUAAAUUGAGAAAAGAAGAGGAUAUCAACUUGACAAUCGGCAGAAUCAAGCCUCCUACAUCUGAUGAACAAUUAGAUACUGCUGGAAGGGGCAAUGUUAAGCAAAUGAGAGCGCUUUUUGAAAAUCUCGCCGAAAAAGCCAAAAAAAGCCGAGGUGACAUAAAAUAUUAA